GGCUGCCAUCGGAUUAAAGUGCAGGUCCGCACUCGUGGCUUGAGCUGCGGAGCUCUUUGUUCAGAUCAGUUUAUAAUUCGGAGCGAACCGAGCAAAGGCGUCACCGUCGCCGAGUCUUCUGGUGAAUUUCCUGGUUUAGAAUUAAUUAUUUUCCGCCCAGCUCUGGCUUGAGAACAGGUCGUGUGUUGCAACAGGUCGUAGAUAAACACCAGGACACUGCGUUCAGACGGGAGAACCGGAGCUCGCUCGAGUGUGGAUGUAACGUCGAAGUGGAACCGUCAACAUGAUGCCGAUGUUCCUGACAGUGUACCUGAGCAGCAGCGAGCAGCACGUCGCUGAGGUCCCCGUUACCCCGGAGACGCUGUGUCGGGACGUCCUGGAGAUCUGCAGAGAGCCAGGGGAGAGCCAGUGCUACCUGGCCGAGCUGUGGAGGGACACGGAGCGUGUGGUGUCGGACUGUGAGCGGAUGCAGGACGUGUUGCAGCGCUGGGGACAGCAGGGAGAGGAGCUACGCUACAUCCUGAGGCACCAGCCACCUCCAGUCAGGCCAACCGCUGAUGACCAGAGGUUUGCCAAGACGUUGUUCUCAGAGAACUCGGUUUCCUGGACUCUAGCUGACCUACAGGACAUGGCGACGCGACAACAAGAACAGAUCCACGUUACACAGCAACUACUGGUCUCCAAGGAGCAGAGGCUGCGCUCCCUGAGGCAGCAGGAGCUGCAGGAGGUGCAGAGGUCGGAUCAGGAGCGCCUGGCCCAGCUGAGGGAGAACGCCCUGACCCAGGAGACCAAGCUGAGGAGGGUCCGGGCCGUCCGCACCCAGGUGGAGCAGAAACGCCUCAGCAACAGCAAGCUAGUGGAGGAGGUGGAGCAGAUGUCGGGGCUGUUCCAGCAGAAGCAGCGGGAGCUGCUGGCGGCCGUGGCGAGGGUGGAGGAGCUCAACCAACAGCUGCAGAGCCUGAGGAGCAGGGCGGAGCCGUCCCCCCAAAGCCCCGCCCACGCCACCCAGCUGGACCUGCUGUAUAAGGAGCUACAGUUGCGCAGCAGGCUGAACCAGGAGCAGGGGGCGCGGCUCCAGCAGCACCGGGACACCCUGACGCGGCGCAACACGGAGGUGGGCGUGAUGGAGCGCCGUGUGGCCGAGCUGCGGCAGCGGCUCUGGAAGAAGAAGGCAGCGCUGAACUCCAAGGAGAGCCCGCCGGUGUUGGACUGCCAGCCCCCCCAGCCCAGUGCCCCCUCCAGGGUGGCGGCCGUGGGGCCAUACAUCCAGUCCUGUGGCCCCCAGGGGCUCCCAGUACCCCAACGACAGGAGGUACUGGGGAAGACAUCGUACCCGGAGGGUUACUCACCUGAUCCAGCUCUGAUACCCCCACCCCUACCCGCCAAGCCCUCCUCAGGUUUCCAGACCGCACACUCCUCCACCCUCCCCCGCAUGUCCGCCCAGCACCGCCACGACACAGAUGACUUCGAUGUCCCGCCCCCUGUUCCAUCUCGGACCACCGCGGACUCGCAGUUGAAGACGGCCCCCCCGGUGCCCAGUAAACCCAGACUCUUCACCCCGACCCCGACCCCCUACAGCCCCGGGACCGGCGCGGGCAGAACCCGGGGCCCGGCCAGCCAGUGCCACACCCUGCCCCUCCCCCACAAGCAGGACAAGACACCGGCCGCGGCCGUGCGACCUUUCACCCCUGACCCGCCUCCAGCCAUGCCCCCGCUGCUGCAGAAGCCCAAGACGGUGGCGACGUCGUCCAUCUACUCCAUGUACACGACCCCCGCCUCGCACGCCAAGGCGGGGGGCGGGACCCUGCCCCGCGGCCCGGCCAGAGUGUACGGGAAGCCCCUCCUCCCGGCCAGCGGGGGGCAGCAGUCAGACAGCGGCGCUCCGGAGCCGGCGGAGCGCACCGCCCCCCGGCCCCUCAGCCCCACCAAGCUCCUCCCCUUCCUGUCCCAGCACCCCCACCGUAACCCUAGCGACGCCGACCUGGACGCGCUGCGGCGGCGGCUGCGCCUCGCCCCGCGGCCGCUGAAGAAGCGCUCCUCCAUCACGGAGCCCGAGGGCCCCGGGGGGCCCAACAUCCAGAAGCUGCUCUACCAGAAGACCACCCUGGCCGCCAUGGAGACCGUGGAGCCGGUCGCCGCGGGGACCGCCUCACGCGACAGCCUCCGCCCGGUGGGGGCGGAGAGCGAGGAGCGGCGAGGCGAGGGCCCGCCUCCUCUGCCCCCCCGCUCCCCCCUCCCUGACUCCUCCUCCUCCUCUCACGCCCUGCCGCCCCCCCUGGAGGAGGACGAGGGGGGAGAGGGGAGGGCACCCCCCACCCAGGACGAGUUCCCUCCCUACCCCCCACCCCCUUACACCUGCAGGGGUCAGAAGGAGGAGGAGCCUGAGGUCACCGCAGAGGCCACCCCGCCCACGGGUAAGAGGUCCAACCUGCGGCAGGCGGGUUCUGAACGGACCAACCACGGGAUGAGGGUCCGCUUCAACCCGCUGGCCCUGCUGCUGGACUCCUCCCUGGAGGGGGAGUACGACCUGGUCCAGAGGGUCAUCUACGACGUGGAGGACCCCAGCCUCCCUAACGAUGAGGGCAUCACGGCGCUGCACAACGCCGUGUGCGCCGGACACGUGGAGAUCGUCAAGUUCCUCGUCCAGUUCGGAGUCAACGUCAACGCCGCCGACAGCGACGGGUGGACCCCGCUCCACUGCGCGGCCUCCUGUAACAACGUGCAGGUGUGUAAGUUCCUGGUGGAGUCGGGGGCCGCCGUGUUCGCCACCACCUCCAGCGACCAGCAGACCGCCGCCGACAAGUGUGAGGAGCUGGAGGACGGAUACGCCCAGUGCUCCCAGUUCCUCUACGGGGUCCAGGAGAAGAUGGGGGUGAUGAACCGGGGCGCGGUGUACCCCCUCUGGGACUACGAGGCGCAGCAGGAGGACGAGCUCAGCCUGCAGGAGGGCGACGGGCUGCUGGUGCUGAGCAGGGAGGAGGGCUGGUGGUGGGCCCGCAGCGGGGGCCGCCAGGGCUACGUGGCCCGCAACCUGCUGGGGCUCUAUGCGAGGAUUAAGCCCCGCCAGAGGACCUUGGCUUAACUCACCUGGUCUUCCUGGUCCAGCCUGGUGUCACCUAGACCAGCCUGGUCCCACCAGGUCUAACUGUCCUCACCUGGUCUGACUGGGCCCUGUGUUGGAUCCAACCGAACAAGCAGUGUGGCCUCACUGUAGCACUGAUAAAGCACAACAACCAUCCUAAAGACUUUAACCUUAAAAGCACAUUUCCUGUAGAGCAGACAGUGACAGAACAAUCAACCAUCUCAAAGACUUUUACCUUGAAAGCAGAUUUCCUGUUGAGCAGGAAACCGUGAAACAGAAAAAUCCACUACUUAAUUAGUGUUUUCAAACAGACAAAAUCCGUAGGGUCCCCUCAUACACUGCUGCCUGCUAUUGGUCCAUAGACCACAUGAUUGACUGCUAUUGGUUCACAAGACCACGUGAUUGACUGCUAUUGGUUCACAAGACCCAGUGAUCCUCCUCUUUCCUAGUCUCCGUUUGGGCGCCCACCCGGGUUUGGUUUGAGGUAGAUCGGGCCGUUCCAUCAGAGGAGGGGAGAGGGGUGGAAACCAGAGCAGGACCGUGUGUUUCUUACCUCUCGGUGAAUGUAGAAUGCAAUCAAAAUAUUAGUGCAGUGAUUUGCUUCCAUACACGCAUGGGUUAGCCAACAGCACCCAAAAUAUACACAUUGGACCAAUCAGUGCCUGAAGAGCUGAGCCCACCUAUCAGAGAGGGCCGCCUCGGUGGAAUGUAUUCUGGUCCUGCUGACUCCGCCCACCUGUGCCCUGGAGGCGGAGUCCGGUUCUGUAUGAUAAGGCCGCGUCCCACGUGUCCUUCACUUGCUCCCUCAGUCCCUACUCCCUAGGUGGUGAACACUUUGUAGGCCACUAUUUAGGAAACAAGGAUAGGAGGGUUUAUGCUCUGGGAAUCCAUUUGCGUCCGGUGUAUUGGUCGCAUAAACAGAGCGACAGUGAUGUGGCGUAAAUGGCAUAAAUAAUUCAUAAAUACAGAAAAAAAUGCUAUGCAUCAUGGGAUAUCAUGGGCAUCAAAUAAAUAGUAUUAUUUUUAUACAGUGCAUUGUGGGUUUAAGGAGGGCACUAUUGGGAACAAAAUAUGUGCUUCUAAAUGUCAGACAACACUACACAAUGGUGGCACUCUAAAUAGUGCACUAAGGGCGCUAAAUAGUCGACAAAUUCGAAAACAGCCAUAGUUCCUCUUUAAUCUGUACUCCGAUUGGACGAUAGUUUGUCUUUAUUCUUUACUUUGAUGUUUUUAACUGUCGCUGAUCCUGGCUGCCUGUGAUUGCUCUACUGUGAACUUUUGACCUUCUGUAUGCGACCUCUGACCUGCUAUACGUGUGGCUCUGAACAUGAAUGUUGAAUUUCCCUCCUUAAUCAAAGCACAUGCUAACAUCACUGUUAGCACGCAACCAGCUAGCUGUAGCUGAACAGUCUGUACAGCGCCGGCGGGCAGAAAGCUGAUAUUAAAAGAAAGU